CUCACUAAACAGCGGCGCCUAUUUAUUCAGAUGAAUAAGGCCCGCCGAACAGAAAACACGCGAUACAACUCGAACGGAUUUUUUUUUUUGUGAAUCAACUGAUAAGCGAACGCUACUGACACAUUUUACAAUUAGGAUAUACACAUUACUAUUGUAGGAAAUGGUGUCUUUAUUACAGCUAAAAGUGUUGCUAUUAUGCUGUCUAUACUGUUGUAUUAUUAAAUCUACUUUAGGCUUCGGUGGAUGUGCUCCUGAUCAAUUUAAAUGUGGAAACGAUAGAUGCAUUCCGGCGGUUUGGAAAUGUGACGGUGAAAACGACUGUGCUGAUGGCUCCGACGAAAAUGAAUGUGUGAAGAAAACAUGCAGCGCAACAGAAUUUACUUGCGACAACCAAGAUUGUAUACCCAGUAGGUGGCAAUGCGAUGAUGAACCCGAUUGCAAGGACCAGUCUGACGAAAAGCCGGAAGUAUGCAAGGCAAGAACGUGUCGAGCUGACCAGUUCAGCUGUGGUGAGGGCAGUAUCUGCAUUCCGGCAACGUGGCAAUGUGAUCGUGACGCAGACUGCGACAACGGUGCUGAUGAAGCUAAUUGUGAGGCUGUAACAUGUACCGCAGAUGAGUACACUUGCGGAAACGGAAAGUGCAUAAUUAACCGUUGGGUUUGUGAUCAAGACGACGAUUGCGGCGACAACACUGACGAAGCCACUUGCCCACCAAUAACAUGCGCCCCGAAUGAGUUCAUGUGCAAUAAUUCCCUCUGCAUUCCUGAUCGCUGGAAGUGUGAUGGUGACUACGAUUGCCCCGACCUUUCCGACGAGUCCAGCGACCACUGUGCUCCUACACCACACCACAGCCGUUGUUCGGUUCGUGAGUUUGAAUGUAAUAAUGGCGAAUGCAUUCACACCAGUUGGAAAUGCGAUGGCGCACCAGACUGUACAGAUGGGUCUGAUGAAGAUGGAUGUCCGGUGACAACGUGUUACCCGUCCCAGUUCACCUGUAGUAACGGAGAAUGCAUUGAUGGAGUCCGUGAAUGUGAUGGAACUCCGGAUUGCACUGAUGACUCCGAUGAGCAUAGUGAAUGCCCUAGUGCUCCCAAAGAAUGCAACACAAAUGAAGAUUUCUUGUGCAAGAACGGUAGGUGCAUCUUAAUGACACAGACAUGUGAUCGACAACCCGACUGUGGUGAUGGGUCUGAUGAAGAGAUUUCAAAGUGUGGUAAUAGCAGCAAUGCAGAAUGCAUUGACUUGCCAAUUGGUUUUUCCUGUUCCUGUCCAGAUGGCUUUGAGUUGAAUGAUGCCAAUCAGUGCGUGGAUAUAGAUGAGUGCAAGAAGGUAAUUCCAAAGGUAUGCAGCCAGGGAUGCGUUAACCAUGAAGGUGGCUACAAGUGCUACUGUCAGGAGGGAUAUAUUCUUGAACACAAGUCAUACUGUCGCGCUAUUGGACCAGAUCCACUCGUCAUUUUUGCUAACCGCGUUGAUUUACGCGAAUACGAUCCACGUAAAAGGGAAUACCGAAUGAUAGUAGACCAUCAAAGAAGCGCAGUGGCUUUGGAUUACGACAUCAAGAAGAAGCAGGUUUACUGGACUGACGUCACCCAGGAGCAGAUCUUCCGUACCGACAUCAAUGGCACUGGUGAGCCGGAGGCAGUCAUUACUGUUGCGAACACACCAGAUGGCAUUUGUAUUGACUGGGUCUUUAAUAACAUGUACUGGACCGAUGCUGGAACUAACACCAUUGAAGUUGCAAGCCUUGAAGAUCCAAGCAAACGUGCCAUUCUCAUAUCAGAGGACUUAGAUGAACCAAGAGCUAUUACAGUUGACCCAAGAAUUGGUUACAUGUUCUGGUCAGAUUGGGGCGAGAGAGCUAGGAUUGAACGUGCAGGAAUGAAUGGACAGCAAAGACUAACACUUGUCGACACUGACAUCGCAUGGCCAAAUGGCCUAACCAUCGAUCUAGUCAGUGAUCUUCUCUUCUGGGUGGAUGCCAAGGUGCACAGUCUGAGCAGCAUCGACUACAAUGGCCUGGGUAGACGUACCAUCCUCCAUUCGGAAACAAUUUUGCCUCAUCCAUUUUCCAUCGCCGUGUUUGAAGACUAUGUUUACUGGACAGAUUGGAAUAAGGAGAGUAUCAUUCGAGCGAACAAAUUCAGCGGUGGAAACCGUACCACUCUGGUUGAAGGACUCUAUUCUCCAAUGGGCAUCCAGAUCUAUCACCGUCAGAAGCAAAUGGAAGGGAUUUUUAACUAUUGUGACGGUCAUAAUGGUGGAUGCUCUGAUCUGUGCGUCGCAGCCCCGAAAGUGAGCGCAAGUUCCGCCAAGUUUUCCUGCAUCUGUCCUAUUAACUCUUCACUGUUGCCGGAUGGGCGUACCUGUAACGGUUCAAAAAAGAAUCCUCAGACACCGCCUCCUGCAACAACAGCCAGUCCAAUAAAAUCUACCACAGAUAUAAGUAAUGAAAUUGGCACAGUUGAUACGAAUAAUGAGAGAGGUGGUAAUGCCCUACCGCACGGAGACAGUAGUAAACAGAGGCAUGGCCGUCGAUCACUUAUGAUAAGCGCCAUCGUUGGUACUCUAGUGUUCGCACUUCUAGUUUUCGCUAUUAUAGCCUUUGUUAUUUGGAGGUUUGUGAGUAAUAAAAAUAGAAGAAAGUCUAUGAACUUUGAUAAUCCAGUAUAUAGAAAAACAACUGAAGAUCAAUUAUUCUUACAUCAUCCAGAAAAGUAUGAACAUAAUCCUGGCAAUGGUCGAGCGUAUGAACCGAUAAAAACAAUAGGAAAUGACUACAGCGUAUAAUGCAGAACAGGAUUUGAUUUUUGGACUUUCAAAAAAAAAAUUAUUUGCCAUUCGUAUGGAACAUAAACAUUGAUAAGAAAUGAUGGAUUAUAGAAGUUAUGAAAAUCCAGUUUUCCACACUAAGAAAUUGAACAAGAAAUGAGCGGCACCAUGCAAUUCUGACUGGAUAUCCGCCGCCAAGUGGAAUUUUCUAGGCCACAUACUGCCAUUUUCUAGGCCACUGAUGCUGAACAAUUGAAUAUAAAAAAAAGCACCUAAAAAGUUGCUAACAGAAUAUUAAGCAAUAGAUAAGAAUUUUCUGAAAGGCUUCUAUACAUGAAAUUAAUUCUACCCUUGAUAAAGCAGCUCAUUUUUUUUAAGUGUAUUUUUCUAAGUGCAAAGAUAGAGGAUAUUUUCUGUUUAUUAAAAAUCAUACUGGGUUGCUUGUUUAAAAAAAAAAAAAUAAUAAACACAAUAAUAAUUUCAUAUUAGAAGAAGUUUUUGUUUUCUUAGAUUAGGAAAGUAGCAUUAAAAAUAAGCAGAUAAGUACACCUAAAAAAAAAAAUAACAAAAGCGGUGAAAAACUAUGAAAAAAAAAAACAUUUUUGGUUUAUACUCUUAAGGUGCUGGUGACAAAUUUUGUAAGUUUGAGUUGUAUAUUUCAGUUUGACUAUUCCAUGAGCUGGGUGUGUGUGUGUUAGUGUGUGCUGUGGGGGAGGGGGAGUGAGAAUUGAAUAUUUUUCUAAGAUAUUGAUAUGCAACCAUUAUUGUGUGACAGUUAAAAUUGAAUGUUUUCAGUGCGAGAGUCUGAGAAUAACACUGUACAAAGAAAAAAAAAUCAAUAUAAAUUGUAAAUAUUAGAUAAUACAUGUGUAUGCUUCAUGUAAAACUAUUUAUUUGAUUCUGUUUUUCUUUCUCAUUUUUGUAUACUGUAAUUAUUUUGAUUUUUUCCUUCUGAUGGCACCGACUAUGAAGGGAUCUUGUGAAACCUUGUGUCCAAGUCAAAUACUAUCUGUAAUUCCAAAUUUAUAAUGUAACGUAUAUAUUUUUACGUAUCGUAUCAUUAAAAAGCUAGUUCCUAAUUUUAUGUAAAUAAUUAAAGUACUGAGAAAAAAAAAAA